AACACAUCCCCACAACUGCUCCUCAAGUCGUCUCUUAUUCCUUCGACCUUACCUUCAUCACCAUGUCCCAAGUUACCGAGCUCGUCGUCUUCGCCGCCUCCGAGGCUUACCAGAAGGACAACACCAUUGUCAAUGGCCUCGUUGACAUCCUCAAUAAGACCCCAGGGAAGAUUAACACCUUCCACGGGCCCCAAGUCGAGGAUCCGAACAAGGGCUAUCUCUUCGUCAACUGGGAAUCCCUGGAGCACCACAAAGCACUGAUGGCCUCCCCCGACUACCCCACCCUGGUCGAGGGUCUCAAGCCGGCGCUCGCGGGAGACUACGAGCUGGUGCACGUCAAGUUUGACAAGGACCCGACCCCCGCGCUCUCCGCGCCCGUCACCGAGGUCGUCGCCAUCCAGAUCAAGGAGGGCAAGUCCGAGGACGAGCUCAAGAAGCUCCUCGAGCAGGGCGCGAAGAUCCAGCUCCCGGGCGUCGUCGGCUCAACCUACGGCCCCAUCAUCGAGAAGCCUGGCUGCUACAUCAUGGCCGUUGGCUGGCCAUCCGUUGAGGAGCACCAGGCUGCCCGUCAGACCAAGAGCGAGGAGAGCACCAAGGUGCUCGGCGGUGUCCUCGAGCUUGCCGAUUUCAAGGUCGGCCACGCCAAGCUCACGAAGUACUAAUUGUAUCAACAUGACAUUAACAUUGCACGGAAUCAUGGGGAAAACAACAACUGUAUGAUUGCAUGGCGCAUGGCCGAAGCGGAUAGCCAGAUACCUGUAACUUAUUAGGUUGUAUACAUGGAAGGAUUAUGGAUUAUAUGGCUCACAUACGGCAUAGGCAAGAUAUGCCCAGAAAUCUAUCUCUAUUGUACACGUAUCACCUCGUUAGUAUAUCGUCAAAUCAAGAAACUACACCACGAUUCAUCACGAAAUGGAAUCGCGGUUCCGGGAAGAUGCGAGGGACUUUGUAGACCGCACGGUACCCUUCGUUUUGUUAUGCGCAUCAGGGGAGAGAUACGUAAUAGCUAUCGACUCCCCGCCAUUAGCAC